AUGGCACCUCAUACACAUUCACAUUCUCAUUCACAUGGCGAAGCGAGUUCAUUUUUACAUGCUUCAAAAACUUGCCGGUUAGGAAUGGUAUUAGGCCUUACAAUCGGCUUUUUCUUUGUUGAACUUAUUUGUGGUUAUAUGCUUCAUUCAGUGGCUAUUGUUGCUGAUGCAAUUCAUAUGCUUAGUGAUAGUGGUGCACUUAUUAUUGCUAUGGUCUCUGUCCGAAUUUCUAAACGAAAAUCAGCUAAAAAUACAUUCGGUUGGGUACGAGCACAAGAAUUAGGUGCUAUGGUUAAUUGUAUAUUAUUGAUGUCUCUUUGUUUUACUAUUCUUGUUCAAGCUAUAAAACGUUUAAUAGAAAUAGAACCAGUUGAACGAUCGAAAUUAAAUUUAUAUAUUCUUGUUGGUGUCAUUGGAUUAGCAAUUAAUAUACUAGCAUUGAUUAUUCUCGGAGGUGAUAUGGCUCAUGGACAUUCGCAUGGCGGGGGUGGUAAGAAAUCAAAGGCGAAAAAAGAUGAAGAUAGUGUUGAAAUGGGUGAUAGUGAACAUUUAUGUGCAGAUGAAAAUCAUGGACAUUCACAUGGUCAUUCACAUGGUCCUGUGACAGUUACGUUAGAUAGUACUAAGAUGACAAAUGGUGAUACAAAAAUUGAAAUUAAGAAAAAGAAAGGAUUGGACGGCGGUCAGAUGAAUAUUCGCGGUGCUUUUCUUCAUGUACUUAAUGAUGCUCUUGGUUCAGUAAUUGUUGUUCUUGCUGGUUUAGCUAUGAAACAAUGGCCAGAAAAACGUUGGGUUAAUUAUAUUGAUCCAGCUGCUAGUUUACUUAUGAUUUCAAUGAUUGUUGUAUUUACUAUUCCAUUAUUACGUGAAUCAGCAUUAGUUCUUUUACAAACAGCACCUAUGCAUAUUGAAGUUGCUGAUUUACAAAAACGUCUUGUCGAACAAGUACCUGGUGUUCUUGCUGUACAUGAAUUUCAUGUUUGGCAAUUAAGUGGUUCAAAAAUAAUAGCAUCUGCACAUAUACGUUGUCAUAAUUUAAGUGACUAUAUGGCUAUAGCAGAACAAGUUAAAGAAUUCUUUCAUCAAGAAGGUAUUCAUUCAACAACUAUUCAACCAGAAUUUAUUGAUCAAGAAGUCAUUACUGGAACAGUUGGUGAUAAAGAUUGUAUUCUUGAAUGUCUUAAAGAUUGUAGCAUGAAUACAUGUUGUGGUCAAGAAUCAAGUUAUGUUAAACAACGUGCAAUUCGAAAUAGUGGCAAUAAUAGUGAAACAGUUGAAGAUGUUGUUCCACGUUCACAAAAACAAAUACUUAUACCUUCAAUUGAAAUAAUAAGUCCAACACGUUCGAAUAGUUAUGUUGAGUGA